AUGUUAGAAAAAGUUCACCCUCCAAGACCAGACUGGUGCGAGGAGUUUUAUGCAUCAGUUUUGAAUACCUCCAUGAAAUCUUAUGAAGACGUGGUUCGUGAUUAUAAAUUUAAAAUUGCAGUUUACAAGGCAGAGCUCUUUGCUGAACUGAAAGGAAAAGCUGGCAAGUGUUGGAAAUUGGUGUUGGGACUGGUUGGGGAGGCUAUUCCAUUAGAUGAUGCUUCAGUUGAUGCAGUUGUUGGAACUCUUGUGUUGUGUUCUGUUAAAGAUGUCGAUAACACUCUGAAAGAUAUAAGGGGAGUUCUAAGGCCAGGCGGACGUUACCUGUUCGUGGAGCAUGUGGCUGCAAAAGAUGGCACAAUCCUCAGAUUCAUACACAAUGUUAUUGAUCCUCUGCAACAAACCCUAGCUGACUGGUGUCGCCUCACCUGGAAAACGAGAAGCAAACACAAUUGCGACACCUUGUCCAAAUUUAAAUCCGGGUUCUCGGACGUUAACCUUCACAUGACCACCUUCUCCAGUGCCUCAAUUAUAAAACCCUCAAGUGUAUGGAAUAGCUUGUAA